AUGCCUGUCACUGGCAAGCUGGAUAAGCUCAUUGCCGGAUCAGGGAUUAUUGACAGCAAAUAUACCCCCGGCUACCCCGGCCGUUCGCCACCAAUAGGGGCCCACUGUCAUGUCUACCCUGGCUACCCCGGAUAUCAGAUGACAUCGCUUAAUAUUCUAGUCGUCGGCGCCGGCCUCUCAGGCCUCGCAACAGCCAUCUCUUGCGCCCAGUCCGGUCACACCGUCACCGUUCUCGAGCAGGCCGCCGAGCUUGCAGAAGUCGGCGCUGGCCUGCAAGUCACCCCCAAUGCCUCCCGGCUCUUCAAUCACUGGGGUCUCCGCCAAUCCCUCUGGCGCGAGGCCCCCGAGCCGAAGACCCUCACCGUGCAUCGGUAUACGGGCGAUGUCCUAGCGCAUGACGCCUUUUUUGACAAGCAUAUACGGCAGCGCUACGGCGCACCGUUCGUAGAUGUGCACCGGGUGGAUCUUCAGCAGGCGCUGUACGCGCGGGCGAAAGAACUCGGUAUCGUCGUCGUCCUUGCAGAGAGGGUGAAGAGCAUACUAGAUGCGCGUGAUGCAGAGACCUCAACUGCGACAGUCCUCACGGAGUCAGGAAAAACCUACACAGCCGACCUUGUUGUCGCGGCAGAUGGGCUCUGGUCGCGCUGCCGCGAGUGUCUCCUCAACCGCAAAGACGAGCCCCUGCCGACGGGCGACUUGGCGUACCGGAUUGUGCUGCACAUUGACCAGAUUUCGGAUCCCAAAUUGCGCGCAUUUGUGCAAAACCCGCAGGUCCAUUUCUGGAUUGGGCCGGGGGCGCAUGUUGUCUCGUAUUCUAUGCGUGGGGGAGACAUGAUCAAUAUUGUGUUGCUAGUACCAGAUAACCUGCCCCCUGGAGUGUCGAGAGAGGCAGGCUCUGUAGAAGAGAUGAGGGGACUGUUUAAAGGGUGGGAUCCUGUGCUAAUAACCGCAGAUGCCGAAAUGGAAACCUGGAUUAACCCGUCCUCUACUCUCGUCUUCGUCGGCGAUGCCUGCCACCCAAUGCUCCCGUACCUCGCGCAAGGGGCCAACUCUUCCCUCGAAGACGGCGCCGUCCUCGGUGGUCUCCUCGGCCAUCUACGGCACAAAUCGCAGCUCCCGCAGAUACUGAAACUCUAUGAGUCCCUGCGCAAGAACAGAGGUGAGGCGAUAGUCCGCGAGACAUUCAAGCAGCGCCAUGACUUCCACCUCCCCGAUGGCGAGCAGCAAGAGAAGCGCGAUGCUCUCUUCAAAUCGCAGUUAGGGAAGGAGGAGAUUGAUCCUGAUACGGCGUUCCCAAGUCGCUGGACCUGUCCCAAGGUUCAGCCUUGGCUUUACGGAUAUGAUGCCGUUAGGGAAGUGGAGAAUGCUGUCAAGGCAAAUCCGGAUAUCUUUGGGGAUAGUGGAUAUAAAAAGGAUGUCAAUGUCGAAGGGCAGAAACUGUGGUCCUGGGCUGGGCUGUCUUCGUAUCUGCCGUUUUAUUUGCCAAUCUUGCUGUUCGGGGUGGGGAAGUUUGUGUUUUAG